GAUUUCGAAUUCUAAAUACAGUAAUAAUUCAAAUACUUCUAAUUGUCACAUUGGCGUCACGAUGUAGCCUGUGGUGGAAUUGUUGGAUAUACAUUCAGAUCUUGAUGCUUUUGAGGAUUACUUUGAAAGGUUCGAAAUUUGGGCUAUGACCAAGGAAGAUGGUGAGGAUGUUAAUAUUGUAGCACAUUCUCUCACAUUCAUCAGAAAAGAAGCAUAUGGCUUAUUAAAAACUCUGGCUUUACCGGAAAAGCCCAUUUCGCUUUCUUAUACAGCUCUCAAGGAACUACUACUAGACUACGUUAAGUAUACAAAUUUCGGUUGCGGUAAAGGGAGAAUUCGUAAAAUGAUUCAUGAGGAUAUAAAAAAUUCCACUGCAUUACGUCAUCCCAGUCCAGUGCAUACUGAAGGUUAUGCAGAUAAUUCAUUGGGGAGUUCCGAUGCAGUUCACAAAAAUUGGCACAAGUUUGGUCAAUGCUUGUCCUGUGGCAUGUUCCACUCUUUUAAUCAAUGUAAAUUUCGUAACUCCAGGUGCUUUAAAUGUGGUGAUUUUGGACAUAUUCAGUCAGUUUGUAAUACUACUGUUCAUCUUGCUGCAACUAAUAUUAAGUCUUGUAAUUCUGAUUCUACUGAGUCGAGUAUUCAUAAUGAUCAUUUAUCUUUAUCAACG